GCGCGGCUCUUCGGUUGCUGCGGGUGUGAGGUUUGCUGUCUAGUUGGUCGCCGUCCUGGUCGACUCUGCCUGCGAUCGGGCUGCUGCUGCCUAGCAGUCCCAGAUGCUGCCGCCUGAUGUCCUUGAACGGGCCGUUAGUGGACCCCAGUGCGCCAUGCGGUGGCUGACCGUUGUUGACGACGAUGUUGGUGCAACCCUAGCGAUCAUGUCCAGUCAUUUCUUGAUGGUGGAUGCAUCGCUUGGGCCUCGUGCUUUGGUGAUGUGUGCUGCUAGUUGUUCUCUUGCAGGUGAAUGGUCUGGUCGACCCGUCGAGCCUCUGGGUUCACUGGGUUGUACCGUGGUAGGGGGAAUUAUGGGCGAAAGCCCUGACAGGCUCCAUGCCAUUGCCGACGACAGUGACGCCCACGGGUGUCAUUACCUCCCUGGAGGUGUUGUGACGAAGCUUCCCCCCUGAGAUCUCUUCGGGUGAAAACCUUGUUCGGCUUCCCGGACGAGUGACGGUGGUUCCAUUGCUGCUUCCUUCCUGAAGUGCAGGAAGCAUAGGGAGGAGCUACAGAGGGUACUUUCAGCAUUUUCAGAUAUUCCCCAUGACAUAUGAAGAGAAGCCUAUCCUAGCAAAUCAGUUUUCAGCAUUCAUUUCACGCCCCAAUGGAAAGAAGUACUCCACGGUGUUGUCUGCACCGACUGCGGAUCUCCUCAAGGGAAUCGAUAAAGCCGGUAUUGGAUCGUGGGACUGGAAGCUGAAGGAGAAGAAUUGCACGUACCAUGGCCUAUUUCCAAGAUCGUGGACAGUAUAUGAUGGUGAGCCUGAUCCUGAAAUCAAGAUCACCUGCCGUCAGAUAUCACCGUUCAUCCCUCACAACUACAUACAUAGCAGCUUCCCAACUGCAGUUUUCACUUUUACGGUGCACAAUUCUGGGAGCACGCCUGCAGAUGUAACAUUGCUCUUCACCUGGGCAAAUUCAGUUGGUGGGAGAUCAGAAGUCACCGGGCAUCACACCAACUCUAAAAUGAAAGCACGCGACGGCGUCCAUGGCGUUCUCCUCAAUCACAGGACGGCGGACGGGCGCCCUCCUGUGACGUUCGCGAUCGCAUCCCAAGAGACGGACGACGUCCGUGUCACCGUCUGCCCUUCCUUCACGAUGGGCCAGCCCAGCUCCGGCGAGUUCACGGCGACGGACAUGUGGGAAGAGAUCAAGAAUCAUGGUUCCUUCGGCAAUGUCGGCGCCGGCGACGCGCCGAGGGCGGCGUCGAGGCCCGGGUCGUCCGUCGGGGCGGCGGUGGCGGCGUCGACGGCCGUGCCGGCGGGGGAGACGCGCGUGGUGUCGUUCGCGCUGGCGUGGGCGUGCCCCGAGGUGAAGUUCCCCACCGGGAGGACAUACCACAGGAGGUACACCAAGUUCUAUGGCCUUGAUGGAGGUGCAGCUGCAGAGCACCUGGCUCAUGGCGCCCUUCUUGAGCACAUGGAGUGGGAGUCUCAGAUCGAGGAGUGGCAGAGGCCUGUUCUGCAGGACAAGAGGCUGCCUGAGUGGUAUCCAGUUGCGCUGUUCAACGAGCUCUACUACCUGAACGCUGGAGGCACCAUAUGGACAGACGGACAACCCCCGAAGAAGGCCGGCUUUGCUCCAUCCGGGACCGGCGGCGAACCGUUGUCGCUCGACACGCUCCGUUCUGCAGACAGCGGCACCGCGGUGGACGGCGUCCUGCGCGCGAUGGCGUCGGCGACGGAGCGGCAGCACGCGGCGGCGUCGUUCGGCACGGCGCUGCUGCGCGGCGGCGAGGAGAACGUGGGGCAGUUCCUGUACCUGGAGGGGAUGGAGUACCACCUGUGGAACACCUACGACGUGCACUUCUAUUCCUCCUUCGCGCUGCUCGCCCUCUUCCCGGAGCUCGAGCUCUGCCUGCAGCGCGACUUCGUCAGGGCCGUGCUCCUGCACGAUCCCCGCCUCCGCCGCACCCUCGACGGAAAGACCGUGCAGCGCAAGGUUCUUGGCGCGGUGCCGCACGACGUCGGGCUCAACGACCCGUGGUUCGAGGUGAACGCGUACAUGCUGCACGACGCGGCGCGGUGGAAGGACCUCAACCCCAAGUUCGUGCUGCAGGUGUACCGCGACGUCGUGGCCACGGCCAACGCCGGCUUCGCGGAGGCGGCGUGGCCGGCAGUGUACAUGGCCAUGGCGUACAUGGACCAGUUCGACCGGGACCGGGACGGGAUGGUCGAGAACGAGGGCAUCCCCGACCAGACGUACGACAUCUGGUCCGUGUCCGGCGUCAGCGCAUACACCGGCGGGCUCUGGGUGGCCGCGCUGCAGGCCGCCGCCGCCAUGGCGCGCAUCGUCGGCGACCGCGCCGCCGAGUGCUACUUCCGGGAGCGGUACCGCAAGGCGAAGCGCGUCUACAACGGCGAGCUCUGGAACGGCGCCUACUUCAACUACGACAACAGCGGCGGCGCGAACAGCUCGUCCAUCAUGGCCGACCAGCUCGCCGGGCAAUGGUACGCGAGAGCGUGCGGUCUGGAGCCGAUCGUGGAGGAGGAGAAGGCCCGGAGCGCGCUGGGGAUGGUGCUGGACUACAACGUGAUGCGGGUGAAGGGCGGGGCGAUCGGGGCGGUGAACGGGAUGCGGCCGGACGGCAGCGUGGACAUGUCGUCGACGCAGUCCAAGGAGGUAUGGCCCGGGGUGACCUACGCCGUCGCGGCCGCCAUGAUCCACGAGGGCAUGCCGGAGGCCGCGUUCCGGACGGCCAAGGGCGCCCACGACGCCGCCUGGUCCAAGGACGGUUUCGGGUAUGCGUUCCAGACGCCGGAGUCGUGGACGGCCGACGGCGGCUACCGCUCGUUGCACUACAUGCGGCCGCUCGGCAUCUGGGCGAUGCAGUGGGCGCUGUCGCCGCCGGAGCUCUACAAGGACCUCAGUGUGGAGUCGCCAUCUGCAGAAGACUCGCCGGCGGACGCUGCCAUAGGGCAGGCGCAGUUCGACAAGGUGGCGAGCAUGCUCAAGCUGCCGGAGGAGCAGCUAAAGGGAAAGGGAUACCUUUGGGCCAUCUACCAUCUUCUUAGGCAGAUGGUACUCCCAUCAUAAGAGCUGGAGAAAUUCUUUUCGAGUCUGAAACAGUGUACCAUUGGCAGCAGUUAGGAAGUGCACAAUACUCUUCCAUACGCAUCAUCAUAUGAUAAAUAACAUGAUGCAGGUCAAAAUAA